AAGGGACUGCCAGGAAGAUUUUCACCCCUGCAGCGCUGCUGCUAGAGUUAGAGAGAAACUUGCUGCCACUCCUCUCUGUUUCUUUUGAUCUGGAGAGGAGAGUGCUCACUUUCACCGUUGUUUCCUGCUCUGCCUGCUCCUGCUUUCAGCAUGGUAAAGAAGAAUACAAUCCCACAUGGAUGGCGGAGUUUGACACCAGUUGGACAGCCUAUACCAGGAACUAGAUUUAUUGCAUUCAAAGUACCUUUAAAAGGGGCAAUUAACCAGAGGCUUACCCCAACCCAGAAAUUUACACCAAAAGACUUAAUUGCUGCAAUGAAAUCCCUAAAUGUUGAGCUUGGAUUAAUUAUUGAUUUAACAUAUACCACACGAUACUAUGAAGUUAAGGAUUUACCUAAAAGCGUGCAGUAUAAGAAACUAUAUACUGUUGGACUUGAAGUCCCUGAUAAUGCUACUAUCCUACAGUUCAAAAAAUGGGUCAGAAAAUUCCUAUGGGAAAAUGCAGGAAAUGAGAAACUCAUUGGCGUUCACUGUACUAAUGGAAUUAAUAGAACUGGCUACCUUAUAUGUAGAUACCUUAUAGAUGUUGAAGGCUGGGAUCCAGAGGCAGCAAUCCAAGCUUUUGGUGAUGCUAGAGGUCAUCGCAUGGAUGGCCUUGUGUAUCUCACAGAUCUCAGAACACAACCAAUAAGAAGUAACCUUGGAAUGGAUGUAUGGAAUUCCGAUGAAGAUACUAUUCCCCCACCACAAGCAAUGGAAGGAUCUGUAGAACAGUUCCCAAAUGAAGAUUUUCAGGGGUCUGGGAAAAGAUUAAGAAUUUAUGAUGACCACUCUCACAAUGAUUUGCAAGGACAGAUACACUUGAGAGAUUUUGAUUUCAUUAAUAAGGGACCUGGACAAAGACGAAGACCAUUUCAUGACCAUCAGACUCAGGAUGAUUUAAGAGCACCAAUGCAGAUGAGAAACUGGGACUACAAUAGAGGACCAGGACAGAGGCAAAGACCCUUUCCUGAUCACCAGUUUUAUGAUGAUUAUCAAGAAGACACACAGCUGAAGGAACUAGACUUCAGUAAUAAGGGACCUGGACAAAGGUUGAGACCUUUUCAUGGACACCAGUUUCAUGAUGAUUUACAGACAGAGAGACAAUCAAGAGAUACUGAAUUUAACAGAGGCCAUGGACAAAGGCAGAGAUCUUUUCCUGACCAUCCAUCUCACAGUGAUUUGCAGGAAGACCGGCAGUCAAAGGAUUUUGAUUUUGGUAGCAGGGGCCAUGGCCAGAGACAAAGACCAUUCCAUGACCACCAAUGUCAUGAUGAAUUCCAGACUCAGAUGCAGUUGAAAGAGUUAGAUUGUGUCAAUAAAAGUCCUGGCCAAAGACCAAGAUCUUUCCAUGACUAUCAGUCACAUGAUGACUUACAGACACAGAGACAAUUAGGAGAUUUUGAAUUUGUUAAUAGAGGCUGUGGGCAGAGGCCGAGGCCUUUCAAUGAUCGCCAGCCUCGCAAUGACUUACAAACUGAGAUGCAGCUAAAAGAUUAUGAUAAUAAAGGUCCUGGGCAAAGGCGCAGACCUUUUCAUGACCAUCACCAUUAUGAUGACUUACAGGAACAGACUCAGUUAAAAGAUUUUGAUUAUGUUAAUAAAGGGCAUGGACAGAGGCCAAAAUCUUUCCAUGAUCAUCCAGAUCACGAUGACUUGCCACAUGAAUGGUGUUCAGACAG